AUGAAAUUAGCUAUUUAAACAGCAUUGAAUAAUAUAUCAAAACCAUAAGUUGGUAAUGAAAUUACAUCUUAUAUGUAAAAUGUACUGCAAUUUAGAGGAUUACUUCAACCUUAAAUUGAAUCAAUUUAUAAGUAAUUUAGAAAAGAAAUUUCCCUACUUAAUGAUAAUGAAAAAUAUGAUUUGGCUGAAUCUUUAAUGAAAGAGCAAUUUGGAGAAGAUAAAAGGUUUGGUUUGAUGGUAGCUGAGAAAAUACAGUUUGAUCUUUCAAGAAUAAAAUAGACUGAAUAGUGGUUCUUAUAAGGUUUCAUUUAGGAUUGGGGAACUUCAGAUAUCUAUUGUAGUAGAGUUUUAAAACAUUUUGUAUAAGACAAAUAAAAUGCUAAACUAAUGAUUGAAUGGUCAAAAUGUAAUAAUUUAUGGAUGAGAAGAUCUAGUUGUGUUGGAUUUAUAUUCUUAGUGAAUAAAAAUAAAUGUGAUCUAAAUAUGUUAUUUGAUAUUUGUUAAGAAAAUAUUAUUCAUUAAGAAAGAUUUAAUUAACUAGGAACUGGCUGGUUAUUGAGAGAACUAUCAUAGGUUGAUUUGAAUUAAGUAAUUUAGUUUAUAGAGAAAAACCUAUAAUAUUUUAGUUGUGAGGGAUUGAGAUAUGCUUAUGAAAAAAUGGAUUAACCUUAAAAAGAUUAUCUAAGAGAAUUACUUAAAAAAUAUAAGAAAUAGUAAAGAACAAUAUAAAAAUUAUGA